UAACUUUCCUAGAUUCUAAUUUUUAUUUUGUAAAGAAUUAAUAUUUUUAUUUUAUUUUACAGCUAAAUUAUUUGUUUACUUUUUCUAUUCAUUGCAAGUAGUAGUAUUCAGUGUUAACACAAACUUAUAGUACAUUUAAUUUACAAUACUGAAUUGAUUAUUACCAUCAAACAAAAUGGGUGAACGUAAAGGACAAAAUAAAUACUACCCACCAGAUUAUAACCCUGCUGUAGGAGGAUUGAAUAAAUUUAAAGGAACUCAUGCUUUAAGAGAACGUGCUCGAAAACUCCAUAUGGGUAUUUUAAUUAUUCGUUUUGAAAUGCCAUACAACAUAUGGUGUGAUGGAUGCAAUAAUCACAUUGGAAUGGGUGUUCGAUAUAAUGCUGAAAAAAAGAAAAUCGGGAUGUAUUAUUCAACGCCAGUUUAUCAAUUCCGAAUGAAAUGUCAUCUUUGUAAUAACCAUUUUGAAAUUAAAACUGAUCCUGGGAAUUUAGAUUAUGUGAUUGUAAGUGGUGCUCGCCGACAAGAAAAUCGAUGGGAUCCCUUUGAGAAUGAACAAAUUGUUCCAGAGGACAAAGAUACGAGUAAACGAUUGUUUGAUGAUGCUAUGUUUAAACUUGAACAUGGUACUGAAGAUAUAGAUAAGGCCAAAAAAGCAGCUCCAAUAUUGGUUAAACUUCAUGAUGCGCAAGAUGCUAAAUGGAAUGAUGAUUUUGCUGCGAAUUCAUUACUAAGACAACAGUUAAGAACACAAAAACAGAAAAUAGCUGUGAAAGAAAAACAUGACAAUGAAUUAAAAGAAAGACUAUCAUUAAGUAUUCCAUUAGUAGAUGAAGUUGAAGAAGACAUAAAAAUUGCUAAACUGUUAAGUUAUCAAACUUCUGAUAGUACAAAAACCAGACGAAAAAAGUUUAUUCAUGGACUUCGCAAAACUCCUAAACUAAACCCUAAUAGUAAACCAAAAAAGUUUCUUAAUGUGGGUAUCAUUCAAUCAACUAUUACAGCGAAAAAAGAAACAUUACCAGUUGCUAGUACUAAUAAUAGUUCUAUAUCAUCACUUGUAUCUGCAGAUUAUGGAUCAUCAUCAUCAUCAGAUUAAUAUUAUAUAAAAAAAUUAUACGCCAUUAUUAUUUAAAUAUUUUAUUUUAAUAAAUAAAAAACUAUAACAA